CCCCGGGCCGGGGGCCGCACCUCAGCGCAUAUAGAGCGCGGCCGCCCGUCCGCCGGGAGCAGCCAGCGGAAGCCGCGGCGGAAGGCUGUUUUGUUCUGCACAAAAGCACUGAUUGAAAUUAUAAACACUUACAGUUUUUCCUUGUGAGCAGUCAGUACCAGGAUGGAGGCGUAGGCACCUCAAACGGGACUUAAGUCUGGACUCUGGGAGGUAGUUCUGUGCACAAAUAAAGAAACUAAGGUGCUUUCUCCUUUUACCCGAGGGUUCUGUUUGCUUUAUAAACAUGGCAUACAGAAAAACCUUAAUUUAUCACUAUAAGGUUUCGUUAUGUCCCAACGCAAAGCAAUUUACUUAUGUUAAAGGUGAUAACUGCAUACUUGUAACUAAGGCACCAGGUUAAAACUGAAACACGUUGUUCAUUCUGUGCUGUUACCGAUAGAAGAGCCUGGGGCUGUUCCAGGCUCGUUAGUUAAGACAACUCAUCCUUGUCAGAGGCAGUGUGUAGGAUUUAUUACAUCUCAUAGCUGAGCUUUAAUAUAAGUGAAGUUGAGUGUAAACUGACUUCUGAAGUCUUAGCAGUUCUUACAACAAUAUUCACGUGUCAAGGGUGUUUUUGGCAGUUCAGCAGUAGCAAAUAGACUAGAUCAAUUCAGUGGGCUGUUUUGAGAUUCCUGAUGAGUUUUGUAAACUGAAAUUUUGUCUUUGUAUAGUUGAUCAGCUGCCUGGGGUGAAAUAGUUUUUAAAUCACUUGGCAGUAUUUUAAACUGGGAAAUACAGCGUGUCCUCCACCCACCAUUUUAGUUUCUUUAUUAACAAAAGGAUUUUGAUAAACCCAUUUGAGGCUUUCCCCUUAGGGCCCCAACCCCACCCACCUGAGCAGUACUGCUCUCCCAGGUGCACAGCACAGGGAAAGCACAUGAUGUGACUGUGUAGCACGACGGAAAGUCCUCUUUGACAUACCUGUGUUUGUCAAUGGGAUGGAUCAGCUUUCGCACAGAAAGCAGUUGUGCAGACACAAGUAUGAGAACUUGGCAAAUGUUUUAAGUCUGAUAGUCGCAUGACUGAUUCUGUUCAUACAUGCAUUCAAAGUUAUACAUAAAUAUUUCAUUUCCAGGUUCUUAAUUUGUACUUGCAAGGGUUAUUCAGAAUUGCCUUUAGUGCACACAACUACCUCCCAGAGGAAGACUUGUCCCAUUUUUUCCAACAACAGUUCAUUAUGAACAUAAUGGAUAGUAGCCCUUUGUUGGCAAGUGUGAUGAAGCAGAAUGCUCAGUCUGGAGAACUGAAGUACGACUUAUCUUGUGAGCUCUACAGAAUGUCAACGUUUUCUACUUUUCCUGUUAAUGUACCAGUGUCAGAACGAAGGCUUGCCCGGGCUGGGUUUUAUUACACUGGUGUCCAAGAUAAAGUUAAAUGCUUCAGUUGUGGCUUAGUGUUGGACAACUGGCAGCCAGGAGAUAACGCUAUGGAGAAGCAUAAACAGGUGUAUCCUAGCUGCAGUUUUGUUCAAAACAUGCUAUCAUUUAACAACCUUGGACUGUCCACUCAUUCUGCCUUUUCUCCUCUGGUCACGAGCAAUCUCUCACCAUCUCUACGUUCCAUGACACUUUCUCCAAGCUUUGAACAAGUUGGCUAUUUCAGUGGCUCUUUUUCCAGUUUUCCUCAAGACCCAAUUACUACUAGGGCUGCCGAAGACCUCUCACACUUAACAUCUAAGCUUCACAACCCUUCCAUGAGUACAGAAGAAGCUAGGCUGCGCACGUUCCAUUCAUGGCCCCUGAUGUUUCUCUCGCCCACCGAUCUGGCAAAAGCUGGACUUUAUUACUUGGGGACAGCAGACAAAGUUGCAUGUUUCACCUGUGGUGGUCAGUUGAGUAACUGGGAGCCAAAAGACAAUGCCAUGUCAGAGCACCGGAGGCAUUUUCCCAACUGCCCCUUUGUGGAAAACAUCAUGCGAGACCAACCAAGUUUCAAUGUUUCCAAUGUGACCAUGCAAACCCAUGAAGCCCGUGUUAAAACGUUCAUUAAUUGGCCAACUCGGAUUCCAGUUCAGCCUGAACAGCUUGCAGAUGCUGGUUUUUACUAUGUAGGCCGCAACGAUGAUGUCAAGUGUUUUUGCUGUGAUGGUGGGUUAAGGUGCUGGGAAUCUGGAGAUGAUCCAUGGAUUGAGCAUGCAAAGUGGUUUCCAAGGUGUGAGUAUCUGCUUCGUGUGAAAGGAGGAGAGUUUGUAAGUCAAGUUCAGGCCAGGUUUCCUCAUCUUCUUGAACAGCUCCUGUCAACUUCUGAUACACCCGUAGAUGAAAACAUGGAUCCAAUUAUUCAUUUUGAACCUGGAGAGAGUCCUUCAGAAGAUGCAAUCAUGAUGAACACUCCUGUAGUUAAAGCUGCCUUGGAGAUGGGAUUCAGUAGGCGUCUAGUAAAGCAAACAGUGCAAAGUAAAAUCCUGGCCACUGAAGAAAACUAUAAGACUGUUAAUGAUCUUGUGUCUGAUCUACUCACUGCUGAAGAUGAGAAGAGGGAGGAAGAGAAAGAGAGACAGUUUGAAGAAGUGGCCUCAGAUGAUUUGUCCUUAAUCCGGAAGAAUCGGAUGGCUUUAUUCCAGCGUUUAACCUCUAUACUUCCAAUCCUUGGGAGUUUACUUUCAGCUAAUGUGAUAACAGAACUUGAGCAUGAUGUCAUUAAGCAAAAGACUCAGACACCAUUGCAAGCAAGAGAACUGAUCGAUACAGUUCUAGUGAAAGGCAAUGCAGCAGCCAGCAUAUUCAGAAACUGUCUAAAAGAUUGUGACCCUGUACUUUACAAAGACUUAUUUGUGGAGAAGAGCAUGAAGUAUGUUCCCACAGAAGAUGUAUCAGGUUUACCUAUGGAAGAACAACUAAGGAGAUUGCAAGAAGAAAGAACGUGUAAAGUUUGCAUGGACAAAGAAGUUUCUAUUGUUUUUAUUCCAUGUGGGCACUUAGUGGUAUGCAAAGAAUGUGCACCAUCCCUUAGAAAAUGCCCUAUUUGCAGGGGAACAAUAAAGGGUACAGUUCGUACAUUUCUUUCGUAAGGAGGGAAACUUGCAAAAUAUUUUUGCCCAACAGAUGACAGAAACAUUCAUGCUCAAACCAGCAAUGUCUUCAGAAUGGGAAAAUUGUGUUAUAGAAGAUGAUUAAUCAGCUGUCUAACACAGUUGUGUAACAGUGGAGUGAAUCAACAUAAUGAAUAUUUUGGGUCUUGCUUGCCAAAGAAAACUUCUAUUUAUAACACUAACUUGGUACUAAGAUAAUGUUUCCUUUCUAAGGAAAGUAGUUCCAUUAGUAUGCUGUUAUCUGAAUAAUAAAACAAAACCCCUCUGGUCAAGUUUCUCAAAUUGAGCUUUGCAUAACUCUUCAUCAUGCAUUUAUUCCUUGAUGUGUGGUGGGCUAACCUUGCCCUCUCAUUUCUUAACAAGGUGGGGCAAGAAGAUAGGAUAGAAAAGCAUAUGGGUCAGGAUAAUGAGUGGGAGAUGGCUCAAGAAUCUCUGUCAUAGUCAAAAUAGACUUGAUGGGGUGCGGGUGAAUUUAAUUUACUGAUAGUUCUCACUAUCCCACUAUUACUAGAACAGACCACCUUUUCCCCCCAGCUCUGCUGCCUUCUUAGGCUCAACUUUACUCCUAAUUCUUCUGCCUCCUCCCUGCCCACAAUGUGGUUUUUAUUCAUGCCUGCUGCUUCAGAAGACACCAGUAUAGAACUGCUCUUACAGGAACAGACUGCUCUGGUGUGGGUCUGCCCCAUGUGUGCAGUCCUUGCCAGAAAGCCUGCUCUAUGGGGGGUUGCUCUCCAGAAACACAGUUCCUGGUAGGAGCCUGCUUCUGCAGGAGCUUCAUAUCCACCUGCUGGCAGAGCAUCCUCUGUAAGCUCUAAGUUGGAUAUCUGCUCUGCUGUGAUCCUCUAUGGGCUACAGGGGGGCAACCUGCUCCAGGGCAGUCUGCUCUGGUGCCAGGAGCUGCUCUUGCUCUCCUCCUGCAUUGACCUUGGUGGCUGCAGGGCUCCCAGCUGCAGUUGUGUAGAGAUAUUUACUAUUUCUUAAAUCUGCUAUCAGAUGUAACCAGCAUUGCUCACUGGAUUGUUUUUGGCCAGCCAUGAGUCCCUGUUGGAACUGGUUAAGUCUGCCAGGCUGUGGUCUGUUCUCACAGAGGCCAUCCCUAUAAGCACCCUCUGCCUCCAACAUCUUUCCAUGUAAAGUCAGUAUAGGAUGUGAGGAAACAAGAGGGAUUUUCUUUGAUAGUGAAUUUCAGCUACUGUUCUUGUUCUGUUUUGGUUUUCUUGUAGAUGGGGGGGAGAAAAUAGACUAACUGUUGAAGGAAAAGCAAGACUUUUUAAAGUUUUUGAUUGUGUUUAGAUAUGUGUAAUGUAUAUUAAUAACAAUUUAUAUGAAGAAUUAAAAUAUUUUUACUUAGCAAA